AUGAGUUUCCCCAAAAAGGUCUCUUUACCUGUAUUAAAAUGUCCUAAAAUUAUUACCUUCGAUGCAUAUAAUACAUUAUAUUGCACUACUCUGCCUGUGAUGGAGCAGUAUUGUUUAGUAGGCAGAAAGUAUGGAAUAAAAGUGGACCCUAGAACACUCACGAGCAAUUUUCCUCCUAUUUUCAAGGAACUCAGGACUAAAUACCCCAAUUAUGGCAAGCAUGAUGGUAUUACGGCUGAACAGUGGUGGGGUUUGUUGAUUAAGAGGGUUUUCAAGCCGAUCAAUGUUCCUAAUGAAAUGGUCAGUGAUAUUUUAUUGAGAUUUGAAGGCGAGGAAGCAUAUGCUGUGUACCCUGAUGUACUAGAGUUUCUUCAGCGAUGUAAAGAAAAAAUGCCAGGAAUCAUUCUAGGUAUAAUAAGCAACACUGAUCCAAUCGUUAAUAAACUGUUGAAGAAUUUAAAGCUAACACAGUUCUUUGAGGGGAAUAUCUACCUUUCUUACGAUUUGGAACUUUCCAAGCCUAAUCGCGAAAUUUUUGACUUUGCAUUAACUGAUAUUGUGAAGAGGAAUAGAUUGGCAUUCGAUGGCACGUUAGAUGACUUUAAAAAGUCUUGUUGGCACAUUGGUGAUGAGCUCCACAAUGAUUUACAGGGCGCAGCGAACUCCGGAUGGAAUAGUAUUUUGAUUGACAGAAGUAAUAGAAAUGGGUUUUUUAAUACUACAAGAGGUUUACCAGAAAGGAGUGAGCAUGACUUAACACUUGAAAAGGUAGAUCAUGAAGCCAAGAGAAUUUGGGAGUUGAGUAUACUCCAAAAUGAUAUUAUCCAGUACAGCGAAAAAAGUUACGUCGUUGCAAAUAUGAGGAUGCUGAAUGAUAUAUUCUUUACUUGA